AUGACCAUUCCAUAUAAAGAGCAGUACUAUGUUGAGCAAAAGAGAAAUUCUAAAUUUGAAUGGUUGAGCUUUGCUAUUCCUUUUAUAAUAUUAAUCUUUCAUGGUAUUAUAAUUCAUUGGAUACCAUAUUACUUGAGAAACAAAAGGGAUAAUAAUGGUCUCACCAACAAGGGAUAUUUCAAAUUCCUUAAAUUCCUGAAGUUCUUGGGUUCUAGUAUCGCUAUUCCAACUCCGUGGAGGAAGAAUAUAAAAAAUAUUUAUAUUCAGCCAUCCUUGCACUUAGGAUACUGGAUUUAUUUUUUGUUGUUGGUCAUAUUCUCAUUUGCACAAACUGCAGACAUUACUUACAUUCCUCGCCAUUAUGUGAUUGGCAAAAGAUUGGGGAAAUUGGCGACCGGCCAAACAACAUCUUUGUUCCUAUUUUUAGUCAAGAACGAUUUUCUUUCUUCCAUUACUGCUGUGCAGCCUGAAAGAUUAAUUAGAUUCCACAUUUGGGUCGGUAGGACCUGUUGGUUGUUGGCUACAAUGCACCUUUAUCUUUGUGCUUCAUAUUGGCUUGACAUGGGUAUCACAAUCAUGAUCUAUAUCCCGCCUCAAUACUUCGGAAUGAUUUCCUAUGCCUCAUGCUCAUUAUUAACUUGGGCUUCAUUUAGAUUUAUCAGAAAACUAUCUUUUGAAUUUUUUUUGAUUCAACAUAGGGUGCUUUCUGCAUUGAUGAUGUUAUUUUUGAUUUUCCACAACAGUUCCAGUAGAUUGGGUGCCAUUAUUUCGGUGCAUUUAUUGGUCUUAGACAAAAUAGUUAGCAUGGUAUUAGGAAUGAUUCAGAAAGCAAAAUCCCCAUCCAUGAUGAUAUCUAAAGUUGAGGUAUUUGAUGAGGAAACAGUCAUGGUCACUAUUCCAAUGCAUAUAACAAAGGAGAGAGAAUGCGAGGCUUGGUGGUCUUACAUCAUUCCUCAAUUUGGCACCUGGAAAGCUGGUCAAUACAUUAUGCUCAAUAUAAAUUCAAUUAGCUUAGGUCAAUGGCAUCCAUUCACAAUCUGCUCAUUGCCUUCUUCAGGUAAAAUAAAACUCUUGAUUAGAAAGAAAAAAGGGUUUACAAGAAAGCUUCUCAAAAAAGCUAUUGUACCAGAAGAUGGUUCACUGAAACAUUCUCCAAAGACAACAAAGAUUCAAAAUUUGAAGCUCCUGGUGGAAGCGAAAAUCAUCCCUUCAGUCACUCCGAUAUAUAAUAAUAUAAAAGGGCUUUUAAAAUUAGGAAAAUCCUCCGCAAAUAAACAUUUUGAAUUUGAAGAAAAUUCUAUUACCUUCCAAGCUAGUAUACAAGGUCCAUACGGGGCAAAUUUCCAAAAGCUAAUUACAUUCGAUUCAGUAUUAUUCAUGUGUGCCGGAAGCGGUGGCUCUGUUGCUUUCCCGAUUUGUUGUGAUUUGUUGCGGGAAAUUCAAAGAAGAGACUCUAUUGGAGAUUUUGGAUAUAGACCACUCAACCCAGUUGUCAACCUUUUAUGGUCAGUGAAAAAAGAGGCUAAUAUAAUAUGGUAUAAGCAUAUUAUUGACGAGCUAAUACCUUUUUUGCGAAAUGGGAAACUCAGUCUUACUAUUCACAUAACCUCUGCAAAUAAUGAAAUUAACAUUCCAAAAGAUUGUGAUUCUUUAAUUGAUAAUUCAUCUAAAGAAUAUGGAAAUAACACUAGUCAAAUAAGCGAUAUUACCUACCCCAAGGUGGUUAUAGAGAAGACCAAAGAAGCCACUGAGUUUUUGAAGUUUAUUAAGGAAACAGGAUUGGUUGAUAUCCAAUAUCUGAGAAUUGAUAUCAAGAGUAAUAUUGCCAGCAGCACAAAUUCUGUGAUCAAAAAGUCUACUUCAUCGUCACAAAAAUGUUUGGCGGUAGUAGGUUGUGGGCCAGCAGAAAUGACUAAUAUUAUGAAACAAGAAUGUCAGAAAAACAUAAGAAUAAAGGACUCUCCGGAUAUAUACUGUUUUUUUGAGUCUUUCUGA